UGUGCCCUGUUGGCAGACCUCUGGUGUGUUUUGGGGGUGCCCUGUGCGGGGUGUGAGCACCCUCCCCAAAUCAAGGGGGGUUGGGCAGGACCUGGGGCGUGGGAGGGUGCCCCUGCCACGGGCAUCCUCUGUGCUUGCCUUGGUCCUGCAGCUGCACCAUGGCCAUAGGGGAGGAGCUGCACAGCGGGCGCUUCUGGCGGGAGGUGUUGGCCGAGGCUGUGGCAACGCUCAUCUUUACUGGGGUGGUCCUGGGAGCCUCAGCUGCCCCCAACCCCCUGGUGCCAGCCCUGGCCGGGGUGGCGGCUGGGACGCUGAGCUGUGCCCUCGGAGCGCCCCAGGCCAACCCAGCACUCACCCUGGCACUGCUCUGCACCCACAAACUGGGUGCCCUGCGUGGGGCUGCUGUGCUGCUGGCACAGUGUGCCGGGGCUGUGCUGGCUGCCACUGCUGCACGCCUGGCACUGCCGGACGACACCGGAAUGGUCAGCAGGGUGAGUGUCCCCGUCCCUGCGCCCAUCCCGGUGCCGGCGGGUGCUGAGGCUCUGCUGUGCCCACAGGUGAGUGCAGCAGGGACAGCGGGGCAGGCAUUGUGCUGGGAGAUCUUUGCCACCUUCCAGCUGGCGCUCACCACCUUUGCCUCCACCAACCAUGAGGCUGUCCCCACCGGGCUGGCCCUGGGCUGUGCUGUCGUUGCUGGAGCUCUGGCUGCGGGGCCGUUCUCGGGGGGCAGCAUGAACCCGGCCCGCUCACUGGGGCCUGCCAUCGCCACCGGCAUCUGGGACAACCACUGGGUGUACUGGGUGGGACCGGUGCUGGGUGCCGUGCUGGCUGGGCUCUGCUACGAGUUCAUCUUCGGCCCUGGUGCCUCCCGGGAGAAGCUGUGCGCCUGCCUCACCUGCCGGGACGUGGCACUGGUGGAGACCACCACCCCUCCCCCCUCCUCACCUUCCACUGCCCCCCUCAGUGCUGCUCGUACCCCUCUGGCCUCCCAGGGCCAGGGCAUGGCCUGAUGGGAGAGACGCGGGGGCUCUGCACUCUUGCCUCUUUCUCCCCCCCCUCAAACUAUCCUCUUCCCCAUGGGGA